AUGUCUUCUGUAGAUCCAAUGUUCAAGUCACUGCCCAAGAAUAGCACAUUCUUUACUAUUUGGCGAAUUGAGAAAAUGCAACUUGUGCAGCUUCCUAAGGACAAUUAUGGAUAUUUCUUCAAUGGAGAUUCAUACAUUGUGGCAGUGGCAUCGGACAGCACUGAGAAACCGAACUGCUACAUGAAAAGCAAGAAAGCGGUUGGAAACCUUGACAUUCACAUUCACUUUUGGCUUGGAGCACAAACAUCUCAGGAUGAAGCUGGUGUGGCUGCUUACAAGACUGUGGAACUGGAUGACUUCCUCGGUGGCUCCCCUGUACAGCACCGGGAAGUGCAGGGAUUCGAGUCGCAGAGAUUUUUGUCCUACUUCCCCCGUGGAAUGAGGAUUCAGAAUGGAGGGGUCGCAAGUGGUCUCAACCAUGUUGAAGAUCAGACCGUAGCACGUAUGUACCAUGUGAAGGGUAAACGCCGGCCUAUUGUGAAAGAGUUGCCAGGUGUCAGCUGGAGUCAUAUGAAUGACGGAGAUGUCUUCAUAAUUGAUGCUCGGACAAUCAUCUUUGUGUGGACUGGUCGCUAUGCCAACCAUGUUGAGAAAAUUCAGGGUGCAGUCACAGCACAGCAACUCAAAGCAGAGCAUGGUGAGGGCACAAUUGUCAUUGUUGAAGAUGCACAGGAAAAGCUUCUCAGCUCACCAGAGAAAGAGUAUUUCAACCACCUGCUGCCACUGGAGGACAAGUUGGUCAAGAGCCACCGAGAAGUGCUCAAGGAUGAAGCUGCUGAGAGCCAGCACCGUGGAGAUGUGAAGCUUUACAGGUGCUCAGAUGAAGGUGGCACGCUGAGGGUCACAGAGGUAAAAGCAGGACCACUUGACCAGAAAGAUCUUAAUACUCAGGACUCUUACAUCGUUGACAAUGCAGAGGCUGGAAUUUGGGUCUGGGUUGGCAAGAAAGCUAGCCACAAGGAGCGCACAGAAGCCAUGCGAAAUGCCCAGGGCUUUAUCAAGAAGAAAGGAUACCCACACUGCACGCAAGUUGCCCGUGUUGUCGAAGGAGGGGAACCUACAGAAUUCAAGUGCCUUUUCCGAUCGUGGAAUGAAACAGAUCAUCCUGUUGGUGUUGGGAAAGCACACUCAGCAACAAAAAUUGCAAAGACAGUACAGACCAAAUUUGAUGCCUGCACACUACAAAACAACCCAAGCCUGGCUGCUCAGAUGCAGAUGGUGGAUGAUGGAACUGGCAAGAAAGAGGUUUUCCGGGUCAAGAAUUUGGAGCUGGUGCCUAUUGAUGUGCGAGAGCAUGGAAAGUUUUUCUCGAGCUGCUGUUAUGUUAUUGCUUACGUAUACGAGUCUGGAACAAAAGAAGAGUGCAUCAUCUACAGCUGGCUGGGGAAAAAUUCAGCAAAUGAUGAGCAUGUGACAGCAGAGGCCAAGGCUCUAGAACUGGAUGACCGCUUCAAUGGACACGCCACACUGGUGAGACUAGCCCAGGGGCAUGAAACUCCACACUUCAUGAUGAUAUUUUCAGGACAGAUGAUUGUCUUUGAGGACGCUGACAGCAGCCAUUACAACGGGGGCGGUGUGCACAAUGGCAAUGGUGCUUCAGAUUGGGCAGGUUAUGCAACCAACAUGUACCUUCUGCAAGUGCACGGAACCACAGAGCACAAUACUAAGGCUGUGCAAGUGCCUUUCACAGCUGCCUCGCUCAACUCGGGUGAUGUGUUCCUGCUCUUUUCUGGCUCCACCGUGUACCUCUGGGCAGGACGAAAGAGCACUGGCGACGAGCGUGAAAUGGCCAAAAAGAUUGCUACGAAAUCUGAAAGGGAAAUAAUACUGGUGUCUGAGGGCCAGGAGAAGCAAGAAUUCUGGGAUGCCAUUGGAGGAAAGCUGCCAUACAACAGUGAGAAAAAUGUUCAGGAAGACUCGGGCAUGAGGGCAGCCCGCCUUUUCCAUCUGUGGGACAUCAAAGGCAACUAUGCUCCCCGCGAGAUUGUGGACUUCGACCAAAGUGACCUGCUCGAGGAUGAAGUGAUGCUCGUGGAUGCUUGGCACACAAUCUUCAUCUGGAUAGGCUAUGAAGCCAAGAAAGAACACCGCAAGUUGGUCUACCACAGUGCAGAGGAAUAUGUGCGCACCGAUCCAAGUGGGCGUCCAAUGACCACUCCAGUUGCAUGCGUCAAGCAGAACACGGAGCCACCAAACUUCAUUGGUCUGUUCAGCUCAUGGAGUGACAACUUCUGGAAGACACUCCCUACAUAUCAGAGUAUCAAAAAUGAAAUUGACGAAAGCAACCAAACAGCCCUGGCCAUGCAGCAACAAGCAGCAAUGUACCGAAACUCAAGGUCGGAGGUGGAGAAGUUUCCCUUCGACAAGUUGCACGUUAAAAAUCCUGAGCAGCUGCCAGCUUGUGUUGACCCUGCCAACAAAGAGCUGUACCUGAAUGAUGAGGACUUCCAACGCAUCUUUGCCAUGAGCUACGAACAGUUUGAUGUCCUGCCGCGAUGGAAAAAACUUGACCUGAAGAAGAAAGUAGGGCUCUUCUGAGAAAAGCAAUAUGGAAGCCCGACGCAAAAUUGGCUGCAGAGCUUGUACACACCCUCAAGCCAACAACCAAAGAUUGAUGCUGUGAAGCAUCGUUUCUCUCAAGAUUGUCUUUUGCAGUUUGCUGCGGGAGAAAUGCAGAGAAUAUUUUAUACCAGACAUGCAUUUCUGGGACCAAGUUUUAAUAAAAGGCCAGAUUCCAAGCACAAGUUA